UUUUAAUAAAGGAGCUUCCUCCUUGAAUGAAACCUUGUUUUUGAAUAUAACAAUACAAACAGCAGAUUGGAGGUUCUUAUGCUCCUUUUUGGUGGUUACUGAAAAAUGAACAAGGUGUAUUACAAAGAUCUUUUCUUGAAUGUUAAGGGAGAAACUAGUUUGACAAAACAACAAUCCAAAAGAGGAGGCAUAGUAAGCGUGAAAGAGUAGUAAGAAACCGUUCGAGCUCUCCAGACCGGUCAACAUAUCUUUCCUUGUUGGUAUUUCCAUUACAACUCAAAUCAUUAAAAAAAGGAAAAAAUUUCUGCUUCUGAGAUUCCCAAGUGCUGUUCCUGCUAAAGACAGGGAGUGUCGGAGCUAAACUAUACACUGAAGCUAUCCCCCUCUCCCAGGAAAUGCACAGUCUUGUUGCUGCUUGAUGACAAUGUCGUCUUGUUCAGACUCACCGUGUUCUGCAAUGUAAGGCUGUUGGUAACUUCUAGGGCUAAAGGGGGAUUGUUCUUGUCUCCUUGUACUUGCCCUCAUGCCAAUGGGGAUGAUCUCAUGAAUCAAUUAAGCCGGACGCCUUCUCAAAAUGAUUCUCGAGCUUAAUUAGCAUCUACCUGAACUGGAUCCAGGCUGUAUAUGAAGUUCCAUUUCUUAAAUCUUACACAUGUAUAUAUGCCAAAACACUAGAUCUCUACAUUAUAUGCAGGUUCUUGGCUGAUAUGAAAGCGGAGUAAUUUGUUCCUUCCUCCAAUUUGGUAUAACUAGCUGUUCUUUCUCCUUUAGAUGUUUGUGACAGUUUGCUGCAGCCUGCACUAUGUUUGAGGUAAAAACUCUACUGCAACUUCAGUUACCAGUUCCAUAUUCAACUCGCAAUUGUGUUUUCUUUCUGACUAAAGCUUUUCAUGAAUAUGUUUUCUGUUUCUUUCUGUUAUGUGUUAUGAUGGGAAAGUUUGAGAAGGGAGAUAAAGAGAGGAGGAAGCAGGAGAGGGAGAGACUGAAGCAGGAGAAGAAGUGGAAAAAGAAGAAGGAGAAGAAGAGGAACAAGAGGAAUAGGAAGAAGAACAACAAUGGGAGUAAUGAUGGUGGCUCGUUGCCAAGGUUUGGGGACUGGGACGAGAGCGAUCCAUCAUCAGCAGACGGUUACAGUGCCAUAUUCGACAUCGUUAGGAAAGAGAAGAACACUGGGUUUUGUGUUAGGAAUAUGUCCUUCAAGCUGGCUGAUCAAAUCAAAACAAGGAGGAGAGGCAGGCUCCGCCGUUUCCUCAAAUCUCUGAAGGGGAUCGUGAAAGAAAGGAUCAAACUUGGGGAUGUAGGUUGCCUCUUG